GAUCCUUGGCCGCAGUGUACACGGAGCCGCGAUCACGUUUUGUUCCUCGCCGCGAAUGGUACCGAUCGGCGCGAUUCUCGCGCGCACGCGGACGAAUGGACCGCGCGUUACAUAAUAAAAAGACCGAGUGAUCUACUUUGCCGAACAAGAAGGACAACGCGAUCCGCGGAUUUUUGCGGAGAGGAGGUGACGAGCGAGAACAUCCAAGAUUGGAUCCAAGAAGAUCGUAUGUUUGUUGCUUCAAGAUGUCGCGGAAAAUUAGCGUCUGCGCCACGUUGCUGCUCGUCGUGUUCGAGCUGACCACGUCGGCCAUGGUCCUGCCGAGGCCACCCUCGUCGCCUAAUCACAUUCACCAGGACCAGGAACUAUCCGCGCGCAAAUCUCUCGAGGGCAAGUCCUUGCACGGCGGCGUCUCGCGAAACACCAACGUGGAGAGACCUGAUACCGAGGACUACAGGCUCUUCGAGAUCGAGUUGCAGAGCGCGGACGAGAUGGACGCCGCGAAUCUGCAGGGUCUGAUGCGUACGAUGCUGAAGGAGGAGCAACGGACGCCGAACGAAGACUAUCCGCCGAAUCCCGAGGUGAUCCCGCACUCGAUCCUCGGUGUGCGAGAUAUAGGCCUGAGUCCGAACUACCGUUUGGACACCUUCGGCGACGACAAUCGCGCAUCGUUGCACCCGAAGCUGCCGAGCCUCGACGAGAAGCUGUACUACCUCAAGAGCGGUCGGCCCAAGGUCUACGUGAACGUGCGGGGAAACAGCGGCUCCUUCCGCAAGGACACCGUCGUCGCCCCACCGCCGUCCACGGCGACCCCGAGCAAGGGUGCGGUAGGAUACCUCAGAGUCACGCGACCCUUCGAAAGGCAGACCGAGUGGAAGACGCGGGACAAGAAGACUCGACCACCUAAGAAAUUCGAUCGUCGCGUCGACGGUAUUGUUCUGAGAAACGAGGAUAUCGCUAAAGCGAACGAUUACGGAGUGGACGAAACGUCGACCACAGAAAAUUCCAUGGUCACGUCCAGCGAACUACCCAAACAGAUACCCGCGCCACCCAGCAAAGGCCACGGACGGAUAUUGAUGGCGCAAACCACGCCUGUACAGAGGUAUCCGCUUAGGAGGACAGACAUCCUGCCGGGAUACGGUUUCAUCGAAGAAUAAAAUCAAGUAUCAGUAUAGGGGAAAAAAAAAAAAAAAAAAAUAGCUUUUCCGAAAAG